AUGGCUAAAAUUCUGCGUAGAGAGAGAAACCCGUCUUGCAAAUGCCGUAAAAGCACACCAGGACAUUGGCCCGGGAAUUUGAUAUUCCCUACCAUCUACUUCGCGGACGAAUCGUCGGCAUCGGCCCUCCCACCGGAUCUGGCAAAGUUCUUAAUCCUGCUCAAAGAGAACGAACUGGAUCAGUGGACGGUCUCCCUUGAGGCUGCCUAUACUGCUGUUAACCCCGGCAUGGUAGAAGGCGAGGCAAAUCGAAUACUUGCUCGCGAUGGAAUCGAGGCCCAGCGGCCUGAUAUACAACGCCCAUUGAGCACACCCGUUAACCCUGCGCCAAACAGGGAACAAGUAAAGAAAAAGCUUCGGAGGGCUAUAGAAUUGCUUGAAGAGGUGGCUGAUGAUCUUGAUAAGCUUAGCCCGAAGCUGCGAAAGCGCAUAAGUGGCAUCCUCAUUGCUGGUUUAACACAGUCGGAGGAUGUUGCUCCCUCCGAGGAUCAAAGUCGCGAGAUGCCUCCGCGCAAGCGGGCCCGGAAACCAGUCUCUCGGCGUGUCUCCGCAGCUGAGACUGAGGAAUUGGAUGAAGAUUAG